AUAGUCAUUGACUUGAUAAAAUUAGAGAUACUUGAAAUCUAAAGUUGAAGUUGUUAGAUUUUAUUACAAUUAUAUGUCUAUUGGUUAUAGUUUUAAGGAGUCGUGUUUUAAUGAAAUAGUAUUAAAAUACUCUUAUAGUUUGGUCCAAUGUUUUAUUUGUGCUCUUUGUAUUUCUUGAUUUUAUGUCUAGAAUUGUCCCGGUCACCAGAAUUUAGAGAGUGUAUUAUUCUUUACAUCAUACAGCAAGAUACAGAUCAUCACACUUCUCAAGACAAAGGUUGUCAAAUUCGGAAGGAUUAAAAUAAGUUGCAAUGAGUAAUGACACUAAACCGUCUUGGAUGUCAAUCGUGACCAAUAAUGGUCUCCCAAGACGUCAAGAUGGUCCCUGGGCGUGGCUGGUACUCGGGUAUUUCUUUUUAGCCUCUUUGUUGCUCGGUGGCAUUGCGUUUGGUUAUGGAGUUAUUCUCCCGGCUUUGAUGGUGUCUUUAGAUGCAAAUCGAGAACAAGCAGCACUYGUUGGAUCGUUAAGAUUGGGUAUCAUCUUCUUCGCUUGCGCCUUUACCAGCAAAAUUUGUGAACAGUUCACUUGUCGUAUAGCCGGAGCUGUGGGCUUGGUUAUGAUAAUUGUUGGCUUUGUCCUCAGUUCCAUCUGCCGAUCAGUAUAUCCUCUUUACUUGACCUACAGUCUGAUAUCAGGUUUAGGAGCUUCAUUAGGAUACACAUCAGGAUACAUUGCCCUCAGACAGUACUUUGACAAACAUUUUUCAUUGGCUUUGGGCAUAGCUUCUGCCGGGGCUGGUCUUGGGACGAUGGUUAUUGGACCCUUAAUGCAGGCUUUACUGGACAGUUUUGGCUGGGAAAAUACAUUCCGUAUUUUGUCAGGGUCCUGCAUUAUUCUACUUUUAUUCAUCACUGUAAUGGGUCCAAACGUUGAUCAAAAGAACGACAUCGAUGAAAAGAUUGAAUCAAGAACAGAGAUUUCUGAAAASGAAUCCAAAAUUCAACGAAAAGUUGUCCUGGGAUUUCUCGAUUUGUCRUUGUGGAGGUUCCCCGAAUACACGAUAUCUGUUAUAGCGAUAUUCGUUUCCAGUUUUGGACACUUCACUGCAAUGAUUCACAUUGUGAAAUUCUCUGAAGAGUUGUCCGUAAGCAACGGCUCUACACUGUUUGUGUUCUUUGGUUCUGCGACAGUCGUAUCAAGACUAAUAUGUGGAAGACUUUGUGAUGUCAGUUUUAUCAAACCAAGAUACGUCCAUCAAGUAGGAGCCAUAUUGUCAGGAGUAUCGACGAUCUUGUUAAGUUUCUCUAAGACCUACACCCAUCUUAUUAUCUUUGCUGUAUUCUACGGCAUCGCUGAUGGUGCGUUUCGUGUGACGACAAAUAUCUUAUUUAUGAAUACUGUGGACGUACCUCGUAGACCGUCAGCGUUUGGACAGGCUAACAUGGUAACGUCUGCGUCAUUGUGURCUGGUCCAGCUAUUGCAGGUCUAAUGGCUGACAAGAUGGGGUCUUACGUAGGUGCCUUCAUUAUGGCAGGGACCAUAACCAUAUUAGGAGGUUYCAUUCUAUUUGUCAAUCUUCGUUUCUCUAGAAGUAAGGGCACUACUCGACGAAAAGUUAUAAUACCAGACUCGUAUCUCAAAAAUAAGGACUGGACACGUGUUGGAACAGUUGAUGCUUCCAUAAUUAGGGAUGUUUCGAAAAUCCUAUCUGAAGAUGAGUUAAGGGAAACUGUUUGCUCUGCUACCAAGACAACUAACAAUCCAUCUUGGUUAUCGUUCAUUACCAAUAAUGGUCUCCCAAGACGUCAAGAUGGUCCUUGGGCGUGGCUGGUACUUUGUGUUUUCUGUAUUUGUGCCGUUUCUCAGGGAGGAAUUGCGUUUGGAUAUGGAGUCAUUCUUCCAGACUUAAUGGUAUCUCUCAAUGCGAAUCGAGAAAAAACAGCACUCGUUGGAUCAUUGCGGUUGGGUGUUACGUUCUUUUCGUCCGUCUUUGCCAGUARAAUUUGUGARCUAUAUACUUGUCGUAUAACCGGAGGUWUAGCGAUGAUACUACAAAUCGCUGGMUUCGUCCUGAGCUCCAUUUGUAAAUCAAUAUAUCCUCUUUACAUCACGUAUAGCMUACUGACAGGUUUAGGAGGUGCUCUAGCAUUCACGUCAGGAUUCAUCAUUCUCAGAAAGUACUUCAACAAACGCUAUUCCUUGGCUGUUGGUAUAGUUUCUGCYGCGGCUGGUUUUGGGACUUUGAUUAUUGGACCCGUGUUAAAGGCAAUGUUGGACAGUUUCGGCUGGGAGAACACAUUCCGUAUUUAUGCGGGGACAUAUGCAGGUCAGCUGUUUCUACUCUAUGUUAUGGACCCAAAUGUUGAAAAAGAGCAACAACAAGCUGAAGGAACAAAGGCAGGGAAGUUAACCCGAAGUGGUGAUAAAGUUCAACGAAAAGUUGUCCUGGGAUUUCUCGAUUUGUCAGUGUGGAUGUUCCCUGAAUACACCAUAUGUGUUAUAGCGAUAUUCGUGGGUAGUUUCGGACAGUACACGGCUUUGAUUCAUAUGGUGAAAUUCUCUGAAGAGUUGUCCGUAAGCAACGGCUCUACGCUGUUUGUGUUCUUUGGUUCUGCGACAGUCGUAUCAAGACUAAUAUGUGGAAGACUUUGUGAUGUCAGUUUUAUCAAACCAAGAUACRUCCAUCAAGUAGGAGCCAUAUUGUCAGGAKUAUCGACGAUCUUGUUAAGUUUCUCUAAGACCUACACCCAUCUUAUCAUCUUUGCUGUAUUCUACGGCAUCGCUGAUGGUGCGUUUCGUGUGACKWYAMAWAUCUUAUUUAUGAAUACUGUGGACGUACCUCGUAGACCGUCAGCGUUUGGACAGGCUAACAUGGUAACGUCUGUGUCACUAUCUGCUGGUCCAGCCAUUGCAGGUUUAAUGKCUGACAAGACUGGGUCUUACGCUGGAGCCUUCAUUAUGGCAGGAKCCAUUACCAUAUUAGGAGGUUCCAUUCUAUUCGUCCAUCUUUGUUUCUUUAAAAGCAAAGACACUGCUCGUCAAGAACUUGGCAUUUCUGACACAGAGUUAACAAAUCAAGACUGCAGUAAAGUCGACAAUGUAGUGGAUCAUCCGUUGUCUUGUGCUGGUCCAGAARGUCAUUUUGAUAAAGAGUCGCAGACAACAACUUUGUGAAAAAGGUUGUCAAGAAACCAUAUUAACUAUGCAAGAAACCAACCAUUUAAAUCAGCAAGAAAAACUAGUAGCAGUUUCAUUUUUAUUAUUUGUGUAUUAAAAACUUUUUAUCAAUUCGAAAAUUUAUAUUAU